UCUUACAGAUACCGUGGUGUAAAUUUUUUUCGCAAGCAAAACAUUAAUAAAUUAUGUAUUUUUAAAAGAAAAACAAUAAAAAAUAUUAUUAAAUAAACAGUUAACUAUUCCUAACAUAAAAUAGUAAACAAAUAAACAAAAACAAUGAAAAUCUUAGCCGUAGUUUUACUAAUACAAAUUGCUGUAUGUCUACUGGAUACGGCUUUGGCCGGAAGGGAUUUUUAUAAAAUUCUAAAUGUACGUAAAUCUGCCACAACAAAUGAAAUAAAAAAAGCCUACAGAAAACUAGCCAAGGAAUUACAUCCUGAUAAAAAUAAAGAUGAUCCGGAUGCGUCCACAAAAUUCCAAGACUUAGGUGCCGCCUACGAAGUACUGUCCGAUGCGGACAAACGUAAGACCUACGACAGAUGUGGGGAGGAAUGUUUAAAGAAAGAUGGCAUGAUGGAUCAUGGUGGUGAUCCUUUUGCUAGUUUCUUUGGUGAUUUUGGUUUCCAUUUCGGCAACGGUGAUCCUCAUCAUCAUGACACACCCAAGGGAGCCAAUAUUGUUAUGAAUAUGUAUGUCACCUUGGAGGAAUUAUAUUCCGGUAAUUUUGUGGAAAUUGUCAGAAAUAAGCCUGUUCUAAAACCUGCAGCCGGUACGAGAAAAUGUAAUUGUCGCCAAGAAAUGGUAACACGUAAUUUGGGCCCAGGACGUUUCCAAAUGAUACAACAAACUGUGUGCGAUGAAUGUCCCAAUGUUAAGUUGGUGAAUGAAGAACGUACACUGGAAAUUGAAGUAGAAGCCGGUAUGAUUGAUGGUCAGGAAACUAGAUUUGUGGCUGAAGGUGAACCUCAUAUGGAUGGUGAACCUGGUGAUUUGAUUAUUAAGGUCCUACAAAUGCCACAUAAGCGUUUCCAACGUAAGGGCGAUGAUUUGUAUACGAAUGUUACAAUUAGUUUACAGGAUGCUUUGGUUGGCUUUAACGUGGAUAUUGUGCAUUUAGAUGGACACAAAGUUUCAGUGUCAAGGGAAAAAAUAACCUGGCCUGGAGCUCGUAUUCGCAAGAAGGGCGAAGGUAUGCCCAACUAUGAAAAUAACAAUCUACAUGGCAAUUUGUACAUAACAUUUGAUGUAGAAUUUCCUAAAAAAGACUUGGAUGAUACAGAAAAAGAAGAUUUAAAGAAAAUUUUAGAUCAAGCUUCAAUUAAUCGUGCUUACAAUGGCCUGUGAGAUGCUGUAAAGACUUAACUUACAUUUACAACAAGAAAAAACAUUAGUUAUUUAAUUUAGUUUGAUUUAUUUUUAAUAAAAAAACUUUUUGUGAAUAUUAGUUUUUUUCAA